UUGUUUUUUGACAGUACCAGUAUGAAACCAACGGAAAGGUAAUCAGAGAGAGUUGAUUCCGGGAGGAAGCUUCACGAUGGUGACCCAGCGGAACAAGCACGAGUACGUGGAGAGGUUCGUGCAUCACAAGUUCUGCAGCGACGGUGCAGCGGAAGUUCGAGAGGUUCGAGGCAGGGUUCACGUCCGUCUGCCAGGUGCUCCACUUCCGCCUGCUGAGCCCGCGCGAGCUCAGGGACGUGGCGUUCGGCAAGGCGAGCUACGACUGGCCUGCUCUCGAACAGGGUGUUAUCUACGUCAAUGGAUUCAACGCCCGGCACAACACCAUCAAGAUGUUCUGGGAGGUCUUCCGUGAGCUGUCCGACGAACAGAAGAAGCGGUUCCUGAUUUUCGUGACCGGCACGGACCGCGUGCCGCUGUCGGGGAUGAAGGCGCUCGGAAUCACCUUCUCCAUGGCCGAAAACCCGGAGGGCCUGCCACAGGCCCACACGUGUUUCCGCACAUUCUACCUCCCGGCCUACGGCGACAAGACGGACCUUCGCGACAAGCUCAGCAUCGCUCUCGAGCAGUGCUUCGGCUUCGCACCUUUGGAGUAG